AUGGAGAAAACCUGGGAGAGUGAGGGUGAGACGGGGGCACCUAGGAGGAAGGGAGGGGGAGAGGGGCGAAGGGAGAAUGGGGCAAAGGGGGAGAGGGACGACGGGGGAAAGGGGCAAAGAGGGAGAGGGGCGAAGGGGGGAUGGGGCGAAGGGGGGAUGGGACGACGGAGGAUGGUGCGAAGGGGGAAUGGGGCGAAGGGGGAGAGGGGCGAAGAGAGAAUGGCGCGAAGGGGGAAUGGAGCGAAGGCGGGGUGGGGUGGGGCGUACCUGGGAGAGCGAGUGGCAGUGGGAGCAACGUUAUUGGGCCUGCGACUGACUGUGGACAAGGCUAUCGCCGAGGAUGCAGAAGUGCCCCCGGACACCGAGAUCCCUGCUGCUGAGAAGGGUAUGGCACGUCGCUUCAGCCCGUCGUGGAAGCAGACGUACUCGUGGCUGACACUGAAGUACAACAAAGAGGAGCGCCUGUAUGGUAUGAAGUGUUCCGUGUGCUGUAAGUUCGCUCCUAACACCAAGUCUCCCUUUGGCGGUGCUGGCGUCGGUGCAAGGGACUUUCAGAAGUCGGCGUGCCGCAACCAUGACCAGUCCAAGGUGCACCUCGCGGCCAUGGAAGCAGAACGACUCGCUGCUGGCACGGAGGUGAGGCAGCGCAGCCUCGUGAACAUGCUCAGCGGCGAUCCAGUCAUGGCGAGGGUCGUCAAAUGCAUGCAAGCAGCUCAGUGGAUUGCGCAGAACGAUGCACCGAUCGCUCUCUACCCCAUGCUGGUGCGGUUCAUGGCGGAGCAAGGAUGCCCCGACAUGAUGAACAGCGAAUCCUACGGGCGUUAUUACUCGCGAUACGCCUUCGGCGAGUUCGUAGAGGCUAUGGCGGAGCAUCUGGUGGCCAGGCAGCUCGUGGACGUCAAAGAGUCGGCCUGGUACAGCCUCUCCUUCGAUGAAUCCACGGAUCGCGCCCGCGGAAAGCACCUCAUCGUGUAUGUCACGUUUGAGAGAGGCGAGGCCGUGGUGUCCCAGUUUCUUGCUCUCCUGUCGCUCGAGCGUUGCGACGCCGCUGCACUGUACGACACGAUCGUGAAGUGCCUGUGGUCGAAGGACAUGUCGAUGGACAAGCUUGUCGGGGUUUCAACGGAUGGUGCAUCCGUCAUGACUGGCUCGAAGAACGGAGUUGUCGCCCUGCUUCGGAAACGUUGCCCGUGGCUGGUGGCGAUUCACUGCGUGGCGCAUAGCUUCAAGUUCCACUACAUGCUUUACCUCCUGGCUGACGUGCUGCAGCUGCUCAACGGACUCAAUCUUGCCUUCCAGAAGCAGACGGUCGACAUCACAGAGGUGAAGAAUCACGUCGACAAGGUGAAGACCAAGCUGUCGCAGUACUACGUCGAGCCCAGCGCAUCCUACGGGCCGAACACCUCUCGCCUGAACAAGUUCCUUGCUGCACACGGCAGCAAGGACAAGCGCAAGAUGGAGCUCAAGGGAGUGGGUGGCGACGGCAAACCUGCAAAAGCCGAGAUCGAGCUCCACGAGGACAUCAUCGACCCUGAAAACCCGGGGGGGGGAUGCGACUUGGAGGCCUGCGUGGACCUGGCGCGGCGUUUCGCUCAGCGCCUGAUUAAGGCGCUGGGGAAGAGGAUGGCGGACCUGCGCCAUUUCGAUGGUGUUGGGUUUUUCACCCCUGAUAAGUAUCCCUUCCGUGCAGGAGAGCAGGACACAUGGCUGCAGCACCAUCUCACCGAGCUCCUGGACAUGUUCAAGAACCAGCUACCUGACUACCCGGUGGACUGGGCAGCGGCCUAUGCCUUGUUUGAGGAUAAGGGGAGGAAGGGGAGGAAGCCUGCCAACUAG